UUAUUAUCAACACCUACAUUGACAAUUUUCAUCAGUGUACACUGGGGUUUUGAUAGGGAGGGUCGUGAAAAUGACCGGAGUGGACGAAAUAUUAAAUUAUCAAAGAAACCCUGAAGACGACUUCUAUGGAUUGCUGGGUUGUGAUGAAAAUUCCAGUGUUGAUCAAAUAAUUGCAGAGUAUAAAGUGCUGGCAUUGCAGCACCAUCCUGAUAAGAAUGACGGAGACAAAGAUGCUGAAGCAAAGUUUCAAAAACUAAAGGAAGCAAAAGAAACACUGUGUGAUCCAUCUAAGAGGGCUCUAUACGACAAGUGGAGGCAGAGUGGGAUCUCCAUCGGCUACAAGCAGUGGCUCGGUAUGAAGGACCACAUUCAGCAGUCCAUGCACUGGUCCAAGCCCAACACAAAGGACCGGAUGUUGGAAGACGAGUCGGGACGUUCCUCAGGGCCCUCGAGCCUCGGCCCCACCAAUGCCGCCGCUCGUCGAGCCUCAGAGGGAGGUGCCGCCCUCUGGGGCCGCUGGGGAGGAGGCAACCAAGAACCACCCUCUGAAGUCAUCUCCAAAUUCCGCAACUAUGAAAUCUAAUCUCUUACUGUAGUUUAUUUCAGUGAAAAAGACAAGAGAUUAUUUGUGCCCUAAUCUCUUGUAUUUUCUUCUGAUUGAAUUUAAGUUGGUCGAUUCCUUGCCAUUGCGUAUUUUUAAUUUCAAUUAACGUACAAUUAGGUUAACAUUUAGAUGGUAAAUUAUUAACCUUCCAAUGGGCACAAUAUUCAUCAUGUCAGCUCAUGGAACAAGAUGCUCGAAUGUCACUCGAUAUUUAAAUGUUCAGUGUUUGAUGUUCUUAAAUUUUCAGUGUAUUAGUACUUAUCGGUGUUAGAGCCCCAGGUUUAGAAGUACUCUAGCUUGUAACUCUCGUAGCCUAUCCUUAGCUUUAAGCUACGCACAUUCCUAAAACAUAUGAGUCUGAUUAUUACAUUUCUGCUGUGUAAGGUUUACAAGAAUCUAUUAUAUUUUAAAGAGUUAUAUUUUUGAUCCUCUUUGAUAAUAUUUAUCUUACUAUAAGUAUUACAUAAACCCACUGUUUGGAAGGUGAAGAACUGGUAAAGUUGUGACUUACUUACAGGGUAUUGUUGAGAAAGGGACAGUUUUUGUGUUAAGUUACCUUGACAAAUCUACAACUGAUAUUAUACCUAUUAUUUUGAAUUUUCUCAAAAAGAUAUUUAUUAGAUAAAUGUUUGCCCCAGGUUGCUAGAUGUAAGUAGAGUAUUAAUAAUAUGUGUUAAAUGUUUUCAACAGUAUUUUCUCUUUAUUGAAUGUUUUGAAAUAAAUAUUUAAACGUUAUAUUAUUAGUGUAGUAGAUUUGGAAAUCUGAUGGUUUACAUACAUAUUAUAUGUCUAUAUGAAUCUCUAUAUGAAUAAAAUUUUAUUUUUGACGUACCUAAUAUCUAAAUGGAACAAUAAAUUUUACUGAAAGUA